CAGACACUGACACACUCACAAACAUCAGUUUUCAUCAGCAAACAAUGCAAGAUUGUUUCACAAAAAACAAGGACAUGUGAUGGAGAGAAAAAGAAAAAUCACUUGGAAUUGGGUGGGGUGCCAUUGAGCGAUGGAUAGACAUAAAUGGGUGUACAUUUGCAAAAAUGGAAUAAUUUCAUGUUUUAAUGUGUUCGUAAAAGACCUCACAUGGCGUCUCCAAACAGUUUGACAGAUCUCAGAAGCCAGAAACUACUGAUAUCCAGUUCUUUCAAUUUAAAUGAAUGAGCAUGAAUACUUAUUGGAGAUUGUGGUUCUUUCCAUUGAUUGACACUCACUAAUUUAGCUUGAGAAGCUAAUUGCUUAGAAGAAUUAGUCCAUUCAUGUCAUCCUCUGUAGGAACCUUGUGUACCUCAUUGACGUACAUCUAAAAUUACUAGUUUAGCUGAUUUUUGUGACUUUCACAAGAUCAGUUAUAUCACAGGUUCUCCGAAACUUUGGUAAAAUGGCUGUGCUGCCAAUAAAACUCACCAAAACCAAGAGAGACAAACUAGCCCAGGUUUUGUGGGUACUAAACUGGAUAUCCGUCGUAACAGGUAUCAUCCUCUUUAGCUUGGGCAUCUUUCUGAAAGUUGAAAUUAACAAGCGGCAGGAUCUAAUGGCUGAGCACCUGCUCCAAUCUGUGCCAAACAUGCUAAUUGCCGUUGGACUUAUAGCCUGCAUGAUUAACUUUUUGGGAGGAAAGAUCUGCUAUGACUGCGUGGACACCAACAAGUUCUUACGCUGGAAGUUGGUGAUGCUCCCGUACAUCAUUUGCACGUUUUUCUUCACUCUGAGUGUGCUCGUGGGUGCCUUGAUGUGCUACAGCAUGCACGGACAGCUGGAGGAAGCGCUAACGUUGGGUCUACGUGAUGCUAUGCGUUACUAUAAGGACACGGACACUCCAGGCCGCUGCUUCUUGAAGCACACAGUAGACCUGCUGCAGAUCCAGUUUCAAUGCUGUGGGAACGAGGGCUACAGAGACUGGUUCCAGAUCCAGUGGGUCAGCAACCGAUAUUUAGAUAUGUCUCAACGGAAAGUGGUAGAUCGUCUACGAAGCAACGUUGAGGGAAAAUAUUUAAUGGAUGGAGUUCCCUUCAGCUGCUGCAACGUCAAUUCUCCUCGACCGUGCAUUCAGUACCAAAUUACCAAUAACUCCGCCCACUUUAAUUACGACUUCCAGACAGAGGAGCUCAACCUGUGGAUGAGAGGAUGUCGUCAGGCUCUGCUAGAUUAUUACACCAACAUCAUGCAUUCUGUCGGCCUGACAGUUCUGAUCAUCUGGCUCUUUGAGCUCUCUGUAUUAACGGGGGUCCGUUACCUUCAAACGUCUCUGGAGAACGUGCUGCGCCAGGGAGACCCUGAGUGCGAGUCUGACGGGUGGCUUCUCGAGAACAGCUUUGUGGAGACGGCUCGCUCUAAUUUCAACAUCAUCAAACACCUGGGCAAGUUCAAUCAGAUCAACAUAACCAACAAUGGAGAUCCAAACAUUGACAAACCACCUACAGCACACUAUGGUCCAGACAAUGUGCCUCCAAAGCCUCUUCCAACAGCCAGUUAGGCCUUAAGAUUGCUUUUUCUGGCCAGAAACAUUACAUACGUCACAGAGGACUGGGCUCUGAUGCUAUAUGACUUUAAACUUAUGAAAUGAUUGGGUGAAAAUUGAGAUGGCAUUGUAAAGCAAGAACAGUGAUAUUACAACAUACAACAUACGUAAGGGUUGCUGUAAUUUAACAUGUAAGAACUUAACCAAGUACUGUUUUAACACACAAGGCCUUCAGAGUCUUAAAAUGUAUAAACUGCCUCUCAUUAAGAAUACAACAGUUUUAAUUAUUUUGUGUUUUAGAGAAACUUGUGUGACUAGUGUGAUUACCAAAGAGUAUCACUGGAUUUCUUUAGAGCUAAAUUUUUAGCUGUAGGUUUUUAAUUAAUGAGUAACUUAAAGCAACUGUACGUUUUUUACUUUGAAAUAUCAGUUUCAAAAACAUUCUGAUGGUAUCCACCUUAUUUUUCAAUGUAGAGGAAUGUCUGGUUCAUAAUCCACCAUAGGGAAAUAAUGAGAAGAAUAUCGAAAUGCGGUAAACGGUAAAACAGUUAGCACUACAAACCAGUGUGUUCAUAAUUAAGAUAAUACAUUAAAAUAAUAUGGUAAGACACACAAUUUGCAAUAUCAAGCAGCAAAACGAGCUUUUUGUGCAGCUAAAAAUAGCUGGAAUUGGAUGAGACCAGAAGCCAGACACAAAAAAUGUACAAAUGGCUGCACCCACUCUUAUGGGAAAAAUAAGGUGGAUACUGACUUCUAAUAAGGCGGAUAGCAUUUCUUUCCUACAAUCCUCCCAAACGUCUGUUCUGGCGGUGUGUAAGUUUGUUGUGAACAGUAGAGGGCCCCAUAAUACACAAAACUACACUGCCAGUGCAAAGUUUUUGAACAGUAAGAUUAUGUUUUUUAAACAAGUCUCUUCUGCUCACCAAGCCUGUGUUUAUUUAAAAUCAGGGGUGCAAAAACAGUAAAAUUUUGAAAUAUUUUUUACUGUAAUAAAUAUUUCAAAAUUUAAAAAAAAAUAAAUAAAUAACCGCUUUCUAUUUGAAUAUACACUACCGUUCAAAAGUUUGGGGUCAGUAAGACUUGUAAUAGUCUUUAAAGAAGUCUCUUAUGCUCAUCAAGGCUGCAUUUAUUUGAUUAAAAAUAUAGAAAAAAAACAGUAAUAUUGCAAAAUGUUUUUACAAUAUAAAAUAAUGUUUUUUUAUUUUAACGUACUUUAAAAUAGAAUUUAUUCCUGUGAUGAAAAGCUGAAUUUUUAUCAGCUGUUACUCCAGUCUUAAGUGUCACAUGAUCCUUCAGAAAUCAUUCAAAUAUGCGGAUUUAUUAUUAGAAUGAUCAAUGUUGGAUAAUAUCAACAGUUGUGCUGCCAAAUAUUUUUUGGAACCUGUGAUUUUUCUUUUCAGGAUUCUUUCAUGAAUAACAAGUUUAAAAAGUACAGUGUUUAUUCAAAAUAUAAAUUAAAUUAUUUAAAUUAUUAACUUUUAAUAAACUUUUAAUUAUUAACUUAAUACAUUCUAGGUGAAUAAAAGUAUUAAUUUCUUAAAAAAUAAAUAAAUAAAUAAAUAAAAAAUAAAAAUGUACUGACCCCAAACUUUUGAACGGUAGUGUAUGUUAAAAUGGAAUUUAUUCAUGUGAUUAAAGCUAAAUUUUCAGCAUCAUUACUCCAGUCUUCAGUGUCACAUGAUCCUUCAGAAAUCAUUCUAAUAUGCUGAUUUGCUGUUCAAGAAACAUUUAUUAUUACUAUUAUUGUCAAUAUUUAAUGGGGGGGGGUGCUUUAAAAUGAUCAAAAGUGCUAAUAAAGACAUUUAUACUGUUACGAAAGAUUGCUAUUUCAGAUAAUGCUGUUUCUUCUUCUCUUUUCUUCUUUCUAUUCAUCAAAGAAACCUGAAAAAGAAAUCCGCUCAGCUGUUUUCUUCAGUGUUAUAUAUAUAUAUAUAUAUAUAUAUAUAUAUAUAUACAUAUUUAUUUAUUUGAGCAGCAAAUCUGAAUAUUAAAAUGAUUUCUGAAGGAUCAUAUGACUGGAGCAAUGAGGAUAAAAAAAUUCAGCUUUAAAUCACAGAAAUAAAUUACAUUUUACACUAUAAUCAAAUCAAAAACAGUUGUUUUAAGUAGUAAAAAUAUUUCAAAAUAUUACCGUUUUUGCUGUACUUUAAAUCAAAUAAGUGCAGGCUUGGUGAGCAGAAGAGACUUCUUUUAAAAACAUUAAAAUUCUUCGGUAACACUUUACAAUAAGGUGUCAUUUGUUAACAUUAGUUAACGUAUAAACUAACUCGAACAAAACAUUUAUUACACUAUUUAUUAAUAUAUGUUAGUUAAUAAAAAUACAGUUGUUCAUUGUUAAUUCAUGUUACUUCACAGUGCAUUGACUAAUGUUAACAAACACAACUUGUGAUUUUAAUAAUGCAUUAGUAAAUGCUGAAAUUCACAUUAACUAAGAUUAGUAAAUGGUGUAGAAGUAUUGUUCAUUCUUAGUUCAUGUUAACUAAUCAACCUUAUUGUAAAGUGUUACCAAUUCUUUUGACUGGAAGUGCACAUAGUUUCCCCAUUCUCUCUCUUUUUCAAUAUUUCAAUGAAAUCAAUCUGUCAUCUUACUUAUUACCUGUACAAAAAAAAAGCCACCAAGAAUUCUUAUUUCAUGCCUUGGUUUCGUGCCUAAAGCCAGGUAUUGUAAUGACUGGUGAAAAAACUAAAACACAUUUUCCAAAGAUGUAUAUUUUAUAAACAUAUUUUUACAAAGCACACCCAUGCCUAAAAUUAUAAUGAUUAUGUAAUGACAAUAAAUACAACAUGUAAACUGAAUUAAUACAUUAUUAAAGAGCUUUUAAGUUUUGGUUGCAGUUGAUUGAAUCACUUGCAUUUACAUGCUCCUUCACUUUUAAAAACAAAUGUUCCAAAAGGAGUUUUUACAGUGAUUUUCAGUUCCUCAAAGAACAUUUCAGAGA